GUUUUGACGCCGCUUGCAUACGGUUCGUUGCGUAUGAGAGGAGGCAUUUACGGAACGCACGAUUUCUUUAUUUUAUCCGCAUUUACAAUAAAUGGAAAUGUCGGGGUAAUAGAAAACAUUCUUCAUAAGAGCAAUGGCGCGCUCCGUGUUGGCGCGAGCAGCAUUGCUCUACGUCCUAACUAUAGCGCUUGAGACGAGCGCACUUAUCCUCUUACCCCACGACGUCCGCCCUGGCCACGCCGUCCGCCAUUUCGUCGGGAAUCAUUCGCGGUACACGCUACUCGAUCCUGAAUAUGCCCCGUAUUUCACACUGCUGGACGAUGGACUUCUUAUGACAACAGCUGAUCUUGCUCCACUGCUAAAUCAACCUCUCAAUCUGGCUAUAUUAGAACAAACACCGUUUAGCAGUUCGGCUCAUUCUAUACAUCUUUUAGUCAUGGAUCGUCGAAAAAUUCUUCAUUUUGCCGAAACAAAUGGUUUACAUGGAGAGAUUUCCGAAAAUGCUCCGGCUGGUUCUGUCGUAGAAUUCCCACCUAUAAGAGCCACUGCACUUAUUAAUGUGGGUCCUAUAGCCUAUAAGAUUGUAAAAGGCAAUGAACAGUCUGUUUUUGCACUUCGUGAUAAAGCUCAGAGUAGCAACUCUGAUGUGAGAUCGGUAAUAACCGAUGGUGAUGUAGAAAUAAUUGCUACGCAACCGCUGGACGCCGAAUCUAAGAAUAUUUACGAUUUAGUAAUUCAAGCGACAGAUUUGCAUGGUGCGAGUAAGGCGAGCUUGCCAGUUCAAAUCACUGUCACUAACGAAAAUGACCAUGACCCCAUGUUUGAACAGGAAAUAUACUAUUUCACUGUGAAUGGUACUUGUGACAGUAACUGCCGCAAUGGCACAGCGCAUUGGCAAAGAUAUUCAAAUAUUGGUCAAGUGCAUGCUUUUGAUGCAGACGGAGAUCGCAUAUACUAUUCCAUCAAGACUCCUACCAAUCUUGCUGUCAUAGUGCCGCAAACAGGAGAACUGAUACUUGCUGGUGAUCCCGAUAAUCAUGAAGCGGAAUUACAAGUUUUGGCGCACGAUACUGGAACUCCACCGCGAAAAAGUCGUUUUGCUCAAGUUUUUAUCGAAUUUGUUAUCCGUGAACCAAACCAGUUACCAAUUCUUCAUCGUGAGAAGAGGAGAGUAACGCGCGCGGUUCGCCCAACAAAACGUAUAGAAUUCAGUGAAGCUGACGGUGAAGUCGAAGGACGCGCUGUGUUUACACUCGAAAAAGAGACUGAUCGAGAAACAUUUAAGAUUCGGGACGACAAUGCGUGGGUUGCAGUUGAACCAAGUGGUGUUGUGAAAGUUAAAAAGAAGUGGGACUUUGAGGAAUUAGGGCCUGAGAAGACUAUCGACUUCUGGGUCACUAUAACAAACGCUGGAAAUGGAGUGGCACUCAAAUAUACCGACAACCAACGAGUGAUCAUCCACGUGAAGGACGUAAACGACGAACCACCUUACUUCAUCAACCGUCCUCUGCCGAUGCAAACGGUGGUACAACUGAACGCAGCGCCCAACACGCCAGUAUUCACCCUGCAAGCCAGAGAUCCGGAUACCGACCACAAUAUACACUACUUCAUCGUGAGAGACAGGACCGGUGGGAGGUUCGAGGUGGACGAGCGAUCGGGCGUUGUUCGUACCAGAGGAACCGAUCCUUUUCAAUUGGAUAUGGAAUAUGUGCUCUACGUUAAGGCUGAAGACCAGAGUGGUCGGGUGGACGAGAGAAGGUUUCAGUCGACUCCUGAAGAAAGACUAAGUAUAGUUGGCGGAAAACGUGCUCCACAGUUCUACCUCCCCAGCUAUGAGGCGGAGAUUGCUGAAAAUCAGAAGAAAGAUUCUGACAUAAUUUCCGUGAAAGCCAAAUCAUUUGCUGAUCGCGAGAUCCGGUACACCCUGAAAGCGCAAGGUCAGGGAGCCGGCACCUUCAACAUUGGGCCGACGUCGGGAAUAGUAAAGUUGGCAAAGGAGCUGGAUUUUGAAGAUUUGCGUCAACCACAUGUUUACUCCUUGGUCGUAACCGCUACCGAGGACUCCGGGGGAUUCUCCACGUCUGUUGAACUAACUAUUCGUGUGACGGACGUGAAUGAUAACGCGCCUAAGUUUGAGCUGCCCGACUACCAAGCUCACAACGUCGACGAGGACAUCCCGCUGGGCACCAGUAUCCUCAAAGUGAAGGCCAUGGAUGCCGAUUCUGGGAAAAACGCUGAAAUUGAAUAUUUAGUUUCAGAUGACCACUUCAGCGUGGACUCCAACGGUAUCAUCACGAAUAAUAAGCAGUUGGACGCCGACAAUAAUAACGCUUAUUACGAAUUUGUCGUUACUGCCAAAGACAAAGGCGAGCCAGCUAAAACAGGAACAGCUACAGUGAGAGUUUAUACAAAAAACAAGAACGACGAAGAACCUAAAUUCUCUCAACAAGUGUACACACCUAAUGUUGAUGAAAAUGCUGGUCCGAACACGCUUGUCACGACGGUAGUUGCAUCCGACAAAGAUGGUGAUAAUGUUCGCUUCGGUUUUGUGGGAGGAGGCACCAGUUCCGGACAGUUCGUUAUCGAAGAAAUCACUGGUGUCAUUCGAUUGCAUAAUAAAGCAAUAUCAUUAGAUAGAGAUAAAUAUGAACUUAAUGUUACUGCGCUGGAUGAUGGCGCGUGUUGCGUUAACGGAGAUGCCACUAUACACACUUCUACAGCGGUAGUAGUAGUUUUUAUUACUGACGUAAACGACAACAAACCGAUAUUUAAAGAUUGUCCCACAUAUUUCCCGAAAGUUGAAGAAGGGGCUCCAAAUGGUAGUCCUGUUAUAAAAGUUCACGCUACAGACGAAGAUAAAGGCGUAAAUGGACAGGUCAAAUAUUCAAUAGUACAGCAACCCAAUCAGAAAGGUACGAAGUUCACAGUAGAUGAAGAGACCGGUGAAGUAUCGACGAAUAAAGUGUUCGACAGAGAAGGUGAUGAUGGAAAAUUUGUUUCCGUAACUGUAAAAGCUACUGAUCAGGGAGAGCCAUCGCUGGAAGGAGUAUGUUCGUUUACGGUUGAAAUAACCGAUGUAAAUGACAAUCCUCCACUAUUUGAUAGACAAAAAUAUGUGGAGAAUGUUAAACAAGAUGCCAGUAUAGGCACAAACAUACUGAGAGUGUCGGCAUCUGACGAGGAUGCCGAUAACAAUGGGGCUAUAGUUUAUACAUUGAGUGCCCCCUACAAUCCAGCAGAUAUAGAAUACUUUGAGAUCCAACCUGAAUCAGGCUGGAUCGUUCUAAAGAAACCUCUAGACCGAGAAACGUACAAGUUGGAGGCUAUGGCUCAAGACAAGGGCUUCCCGCCCUUGUCCCGAACCGUGGAGGUCCAGAUAGACGUAGUGGAUCGCGCGAACAAUCCCCCCGUGUGGGACCACACGGUGUACGGCCCGAUCUACAUUCGAGAGAACUUGCCCGUGGGUGCCAAAGUGGUGUCCGUUAAAGCAAGCUCCGGGAUUGAGAACAACCCGACAGUAUUUUAUCGGCUAAUGCCUGGCUCGACAGCACAAACGAAUAAGUUCCAUACCUUCUAUUUACAACAAAGAGCUGACAAUGGGUUUACUUGGGCCGAUAUUAAAGUCAAUCAUCCGUUGGAUUAUGAAAGUAUUAAAGAAUACAAUCUUACGAUUCGAGUGGAGAAUAAUGGAGCUCAGCAACUGGCUUCAGAAGCAACUGUCUAUAUCAUGUUGGAAGACGUAAAUGAUGAGAUACCGCUUUUUACUGAACGAGAGCAAGAGACCGUGCUCGAAGGAGAACCCAUCGGCACCAAAGUGACGCAGGUCAACGCUAUCGACAAAGAUGGAACUUUCCCGAAUAAUCAAGUGUAUUACUACAUCGUGGACUCACCGCGGAACGAGGGCAAGGAUUUCUUCGAGAUCAGCAUGCAGACGGGCGAGAUCUUCACGAAGGUGGUCUUCGAUCGAGAGAAGCAAGGCGCCUACGCGUUGGAGGUGGAGGCCAGAGAUGGAGCACCGUCGGCGCGACCGAAUUCCGACAACCAGCCAAAUUCAGGAAAGCCUUCAUUAGGUAGGCAAGUCGACGCCGCUUAAGCGUAUCGCAUCGUCGUAAAUCAAGCAGGAACAUAAUCAACCACCGCCUGAAGCUUAAUCCUGUUAAGCCUUUCCAUCCCUGUAUCUGUCUCACGUGCACAAUAGCCAGCUUUGGAUCAGCUCAAUGCUUACUUAGUUUCUAGCAGUAUACAAUUUCCUUAAUGUAUCAUAAAUACAUAGAAUCUAUACGACUCAAUAAAACGCCAACCUAACUACGUUGGGAUCGUAAAACCAUGCCCGUUAUCUUUGUUUACGGCUGGCGUACAGUACAGAGUACAGACAUCGUAGGUAGAAAGGUACCAUCCAUGUUUGUUAUUUUCUGAAAGUAUGUAUUUGUGCGAUAAAUACAUAAAUGAUUUAUUGCCAGAAUUUUGUUUGAAGUAAGAAGUACUCGUAAUGUUAACGUAGGUAGGUACUUAUAGUAGGUGCCAUCCAUGUUUGUUAUUUUUUGAAAGUAUUUAUUUGUGCGACAAAUAGGUACCUAAAUGAUUAUUAACCAGAAUUUUGUUUGAAGUAAGAGGUACAUAGUAAUAUUAAAAAAUAAAUAAACUUUAGUAAAUAGAUGUAUCGUUUUAUAAGCAAUUCUUUAAUAAAUAAUUAUAUUUAUGUUGAA